AUGGAAAUUUCGGAUUCUGAUAAUGAGGAGAGUUCGAAUGACUCUGAAGAUGAGGAUUUCACUCUAGAAGAUGUUGAAUUUGGAACAGCCGAAAUAACAGAUGAAAAUUCCACAUUUCAAAACCUCUUAUGCAGUUGGAACCAUUUGCUACCAAGUAUUUCUAAAUGCUGGUCAUGUUUGAAAAACCAAGUGGAUACAUUUGCAAAAUCUGAAGUGACAAAAAAAGGAUUGGCAGUUCAUGUAAAAAAGGCAUUUCGAAAUCAAAAAUCCAGAAAUUGCAGGUCAACCUCAAGUGUUCAAAGUGCGAUCAUACUUGGAACUGGUGUUCAUCUCCGUGUUUAG